AUGCUAAUCUUCCUAGAACCACAGCGUUCUGGCUCCAUCAGAAGCGACCAUUCUCGUGACAGACCUUCUCUUGAUAUCCUGAAUGACUAUGUUCCACUCUUGCCUCCGGCUCCUUUACGCAGAAACGAACCGCAAGCAAAUGAGAAUAUUCCCCCACCAGUCCCGAAAGCCCCUGUGUCCAACUGGGCGAAUGCUCAGCGGCCUCUUUCAGACAUACGAGAACUCACAGAACCUAGUCUUGUUGAAGACGCGAAUCGAAGAAAGGCACCAGAGUCAGGUUUAUUGCGGAACCUGUCACUGACAAGAAGAAGCUCUGUGGAGAACUCAUCCAGUAAUCGUCAUGCUCGUGGUGAGGACUCUAGAGGCCGAUUGUCCCCUCGUCGAUCGCCCAGGAAAGACCAGGAUCGCUCGAGCAUCUACAGUAUUCCACCAAACAAUGUUCCUCCUCGCUCAUCUUCACAUCAUCGUCGCGAGAGAAGCUCAUCACGGUCAAGAGGGGGCCAUUCUGCGCCACCACUACCGCCUCCACCAUCAGCGAGACCAGAAUAUAUAACGCGUAAAGGGCAGCCUAGUAGUCCAGUGAAAGCGACUGCUGAUAGACUUGAUCCGGUCACUUCUGAAAAUACGCGACGAAUCCCUUCCAGGACAUUCUACCGCGAGUCUCAAUUGACCGACAUUGCCGAGUUUCCCAUACAUCGACAUCCACGGAUCAACAUAGAGAUUCACCUUGGCGCAUCGCUGUAUGUAGGUGGGGGUACUAUCGAAGGGACUGCGCGGAUAUCCAUAGACGACGCGGAGCGAAUCCGCCACAAGCGAGCUUUAGCACUGGCGCGUAUCUCUGUUGAUCUCGUAGGGAUCGAGGAAAUAACUGGUGCGAAGAAAUCAGUGUUCCUCAAUCUUGCAACGGAACUUGUUGACCCCGAAAACCCUCCACCUCACGGGAUGGUGGAAUCUCUGAAGCAAAUUUCGGCCAUUGACACAUUUUGGCACCUUGCGCCAUCAAUUUCCGUUCUACCAUUUUCACUCAGCCUACCUUUAGAUGUUGGGCCGCCCCCGUUCAUAUCUAGGAUAGCACGAAUACGCUAUCUCCUGUCAGUGACGCUUUUGGUUCGUGAUCAGGGUAAGCAAUAUCUUGUUCGGCAAUCACAAGAUGUAACAGUGAUACCAGUGUACGAUCCAGAAAAAGCCCUGAUGUCUUUGCCAAGUCCUCUGACUGCUGAAGACGAAUUCAUUCGGUCUCGAGAUCAUGGACUAGAAGUCAUACAUGUCACCGCUGGUCUUCAUCGACAAGUCUGGGUCAGUGGUACAAGCAUCUUCGUCGAUAUUCAUGUGGCGAACAAUAGUAGCAAGAAUAUUAAGCGACUGGAGCUGCAACUGGAGCGAGACAUACUUUGCUACAAGCAUGCUGCUGCAUCCACGAUGGAAAAGUCUGCGAGUCAAGGCCGUAUUUUCGAUGCCAAUGAUCGAUCAAUCCUUAGUCGGUCAAUCACGAAAGCUGGAGGUGGUACAUGGAGUGGGAUAGCCGCGCACACCACCGAAAUACGCACAUGUGACCUCGAGCUGCCACGUGGACAUGCAACUGUAAAGUGUGGUAAAUUUUUCGAGGUCAGGUAUUUCUUGAAUGUUGUUGUUAGUUCUGCCCAUACGAAACUCGUGACGAUACAACUACCAAUCGUCCUCAUUCAUAUGAACAGUCUCGACAUAGUGCCCAAUUCUGUGGCACAGGUCGCUGCAGCCAUUGAGGAGAAGCGCUCCAAUUCCAAUCCUGCCGAUGACCCUCCAACCAGCUCUCCGCGUCUCCGUCGACGCCCGUCUGUUACCGUGCAAGGUCGGGCCUUUGCAGCGCCCCGCUUUCAAUCCCUCGACCGAAUGCGCUCUGAGACGGAAGUGAUUCAACAUCUGGGUCGCGAUUUAGAGGCCAGUCCACGCAAA